AUGGAGGAAUGCACCCAAUGGAUUAUAGGUUGUGGAGAAAUUAAGUUUUGGACGGAUAAUUGGAUAGGAGAGCAAUUGAUAGGCCCGUUGCCGUACGAUAAUAAUCUCACUGUGGCAGCUGCUUUUCAUAAUAUUUCGGAGUUUAUGCAGUUUAUCCCUGUCCGAUUACUUGAUAAAAUUAGCCGUGUCAGGCUAGAUACAAAUAUCCCUGAUAGGCUAAUUUUUACCCUUUCUCAAAAUGGUGAAUUCUCGAGCAAGGCUUAUUAUAAUCAUCUUCGGAUUCGGGGGCACCGGGAAAGUUGGACGGAUCGGAUUUGGAUUAAAUAUCUACUCCCUAAGACAAGCGGGUUUAUGUGGAAGUUAAUUCACCAUGCGCUUCCGGUAGAUCAGCGCAUUAUUUCUCGGGGUAUCCCUUUGGUGUCAAGAUGUGUUUGCUGCAAAAAUCCAAAGCAAGAAGACGUCCCCCAUUUAUUUUUUGGAUCGGAAAUUGCCAAGGCAGUAUGGAAACGCGUGGGUGAUUUAUUCAAUCUCUCAUCGGAAUUUUGUUCUACUAAACACGCUUUAAGCACGUGGAACCCAAAGCCGAAGGCGCUUUCCUAUUACACGAUGAUCCAAGCAUCGGUGGUGUGUCACACUCUUCGAGAAACCUGGCUUGCUCGGUGUAAGGUGGUUUACGACGGAGGAAGUAUGUCUAUCGAAGCCAUAAGCAGACGAGUUUUCCAUAAUAUUCAACAUUUGGGUACAGUACACGCUCCUCGCCAACCCUCCACUAAGAUUCAAAGGCUGCAAUUGGAGGCGGCUGGAUUUCGCUUGUUUCAUCCGCCAGAGAAACGAGGAGCGUGGCACAAGUGGGAGUUUCCUUUAACGGGUUGCUAUAAGUUAAAUACUGAUGGCUGUGCUAAAGAAGAUAGUUGCACGGGUGGAGGUAUCAUUCGGGAUUCAGGCGGUAAUAUUAUAGCAGACUUUUCGUCGUAUUUUGGAGAAGGGUCCAAUAAUGUGGUGGAGUUUCUAGCUGUAUGGCAUGGCCUUCGUCUAUGUAAGUUGAUGGGAGUCUUUCUGGUUACGGUGGAAAUAGACUCGCUAUUGGUAGUUAAUGCUAUACGGAGCAAUUGUGUUGCUUGGGAUCUCGUCUAUGUUCACCGUCUUUGUAUGCAGGAGGUGACGGAUGGGUGCAAUUUUCAGCAUGUGUUUCGACAGAAGAACAUGGUUGCAGACCGUCUAGCAAACUGGGCGUACACACAUAAAUCAAGUCAAGAGUUCUUCUCGGGGAUUAGCUUACCGAAUAGGAGCUUUUAA